GGUGCCGUUUGCAAGUAUAAAGUGAGGAGGCAGUGUUUGGGUUUGGGGGCUGGGUUGCCUAUGGAAUCUGCUAGUCUCUGCCUACUUUCUCGCAUCAGCACCACUAAGCUUUGAUUGCGUUUUAGCCCGGUCUGCCUGCAUCUGCGUUCCUUGCCUCGCGUCUUUGAUAUUAGCCUACAACACAGCAGACGAAGAAACGAAAAGGAUUUAUAAAAGUGUGUCCAUCCAUCUGCUUGAGAAGUGCACUAUUUUCUAUUAGUAAAGAUGGUUAAACUGGGGAGCAAUCUAGAAGACAAAGGCGCUAAACCGGUCAGUGUGGAGGAUGGCUUCCAAAACGUGCCGCUUAUUACCCCCCUGGACGUCGGUAACCUCCAGUAUGGAGCCCCAGACAAGGUGGUGGUGAAGACACGGACUGAGUACCAGACGGACCAGAAGAAAUCCAAGAUGAAGGUGCCCAAGGUGGAGGAGUUUACCAUCAGCUUCACUGACGGAGUGUCAGAGAGACUCAAGGUCACGAUUCUGAUAGUCCUGGCCUUGGCCUUCUUGGCCUGCAUAGUGUUCCUGGUGGUGUACAAGGCCUUCACGUACGAACACAGCUGCCCAGAUGGAUUCAUAUACAAGCAUAAGCGAUGCAUCCCUGCCUCUCUGGAGGCCUACUACACAGCUCAGGAUGCCAACUCCCGAGGGCGCUUCUAUACGGUGAUCAGCCACUACAGCAUGGCCAAGCAGACCACCUCCCGCUCCGUCUCUCCAUGGCUCCCCGCUGGCGCUGCCCCGCACGACGCCAAGCCGCCCAACACAGACGGGCACUGAGUAUGCCUGCCCAACCCUCCCACCAACCCCACCUCAUCUGCCCGGCUCCAUGACAAGCUUUUAACAGGGAGUGUCUAUCGUUCACCAGUGUCUCGCUAGGCUCAGAGUACUGUCACGCCAACCUGCCUGCCCCAGCCCAUCCACCCACCACCACAAUCUCUGCCUCUCCUCCCUUCUGUCUUGGCUGUCUGUUUUCUUUAUUUAUUCAUUAUUUAUCAUCACUAAUUAUUUUUUUAUCUUGUUAUUGGUAUUUUGUAUUUGAUAUCAAACAACUGUUUGUACAAAGUCUCGAGUCAAAGUUGAAAUCCAUUCAGAGUAUAUGCUUUUCUGAGCUGCUACUAACUAAGUGAGUCAAAAGUCAUUUUUCAGAUGUGUUCAUCUGAUGUAUCCAUCUGAUUCAAGUCCAGGCAUAUCUAUGGCAUUUUGGUUCAUACUCAUACUGUAAUACAUUCUUAUAGAAAGGGUUUUCCCAAAUUAGUACCUAUUUGUACAUCUAUGGAAGUUAAACUUGAACACUAAUAUACAGUAGAUGUCCUGAAUUAUCUGAGCAAAGCUAGCUAAGUAUUCUCUAUGAUGACGGUUUGAUAUCGGAACACUCUUUAAUGUACUGUCCUGUAUGUUCUACUUCCCUUAUUGAGCCAAGCUGUAUAAAGCCCAGUGCAUUCAUGCUAGUUCAUGUGUGUGCAUGGUUGUAGCUAGGUUUCAUGAUAGUUUAACAAUUUUUUCGUGGGAAAAGAGCGACCUUUAUUGCCAGUUACAUUUCGCUUUAGCAGACAGUCCAGCCACUGUACACAACAUGAAUAUGUGGGUCUAUUGCGAAGGAUAAAUACCCAAGACAUGGUGAUGAUGGGACACGUUGUGUAUAUCGCUGUCUUUGACAAAACUCUGGUUCCUGUGUUGUUUAGAACCAUUUGUAGAUGAGCUUCUCUGCAGAGUUUUGUUCUGUUACCAUUUUCUUUCUUUUUUUAUCUUGUCAAAAAACGCUUUUUGAACUAUUGUGAUGUUUGGUAGUUGAUAUGUAGCAAAGUCUGGAGUAGUUUCUCACUGUACAUCCCAUAGGUUUGAAAUGAAAAUAAAGCAAGUUGUGACCUGAUCAGAAA